AUGAUCAGUCUCUCUGCGAGGUUUUCGGAAGAUCCCUUCUUCACGGGAACUGAUCCCAGAAUUCGGGGUAGACUAUACGCCCGGGAAGCAGAGCACCUCCUCAACAUUCGUGAAGUCUCUAUGACGACGUUGCAGGCCGCCGUCCUUCUCGGGGCCUAUGUUAUCACUGAAGGAGAGGCAGCUGCCGAAGCGGUCUACUACAGCGUAGCCUGUCGGAAUGCGCUGUUGCUUGAUCUCCCCAAUAUGGCUGUUGCGUCGAAGGUCGAGCAGGAAGUGAACCGGCGAGCGUGGUGGACGCUAUGUAUGAUUGACGUCUGGUCUUCUAGAGGUGUCAGAAUCCCGAGAAUGCUGACACCCAGGAACGACGUCCCCUACCCUAUGGAAGAGACGGUGUUUCACCGCCUGCGCCCCGGUGGCAUCGACAUCCCCAGCCCAUCCAGCCUGCAGGAGUCGAGUGCUUCGCUGCUGACACAGAUGAUCAAGCUCAAUGCGAUUCUGUUCGAGAUCAGCACCGUCAACGAACUUGCGGCAUCCCGCUCCCACCUCGACACCCACCACAAAGAAGCCGUCGAUGCACUCACAGCCAAGUUGGAAGGUUGGUACGACAACUUACCCACUGGGCUGCAGGACACACACGCAAACCUGUCGCGCUACGCCACGAUCGGGCUCGGUCCAAUGUUCGUGGCGGUCUAUCUGGGCUAUUACCACUACGGACAAUUACUGUACUAUCCAUACCUCCACGAGGACUCGUACGACGACACCGUCCACGCGCGGUACUACGCCGACAAGUGCAAGGGCCACUCGAUCGGGCUUUGCGAGAUUCUGUACCGGGCAUAUUCCACCCCGGGCUGCGAGGUAUACUAUACCAUGGUCGGACACGUGCUGGUCAUUGCAUCGACCGUCCAACUCCACAUCCUGCUCUUCAGCACCGACGAGGUCCAGAUCCGCACCGCGCGCUCGCGUCUCGAACGCAACUUUGAGAUCUUGACCCGCCUGCAGGCCUUUUGGCCCACCUUGGACGUCUGCUUUACGCGGUUCCGCGAGUUCCACAAGGCAUGUCAGAAAUACAAGGAGACGUCCUUUCACAUGGAUCAAUGGAUGCUGCAAUUCCUCUUCGAGUUUGGCAAGCCCGUGGGCGAAAAGAAGCCAGAUGAUCUCGUGGAGCUCAGGCCGUGGUCCAUGCAGGACUUGGGUUUCACUCCUCUUUCUUGA